UGACGCGCGGCUCGCGGGCGGCGGAGGUUUUUGUGUUGCUCGCCCGGCCGGCGGCGGCGGUGGAGGAGGGGCGGCGGCGCGGAGGCGCACUGCUGCUCGGACCGGCGCUGCGGCGCGAGCCCACCCGCCCGGAGCCCGCCGCCCGGGCCGCCCUGCCUCCCGCCCCCGCGCGCCGCCUCCUCCAAAUGAGCGGUUCGCCCGCUGGAUCUAACCCAAGGACACCCGAGAGCAGCGGCAGCGGCAGCGGCGGCGGCGGGAAGAGGCCGGCCGUGCCGGCGGCGGUGUCCCUCCUGCCCCCGGCGGACCCCCUGCGCCAGGCGAACCGGCUCCCGAUCAGGGUCCUGAAGAUGCUGAGCGCUCACACCGGCCACCUCCUGCACCCGGAGUACCUGCAGCCGCUGUCCUCCACCCCUGUCAGCCCCAUCGAGCUGGACGCCAAGAAGAGCCCACUGGCGCUGCUGGCCCAGACCUGCUCGCAGAUUGGCAAGCCGGACCCGCCGCCCUCCUCCAAGCUCAACUCGGUGGCGGCGGCUGCCAACGGGCUGGGCGCGGACAAGGACCCCGGCCGCUCCGCCCCGGGCGCCGCCUCCGCGUCUGCGGCGCUCAAGCAGCUGGGGGACUCCCCCGCCGAGGACAAGUCCAGCUUCAAGCCCUACUCCAAGGGCUCCGGGGGCGGCGACUCCCGCAAAGACGGCGGCUCCUCCUCCGUGUCCUCCACCUCCUCGUCGUCGUCCUCGCCCCCCGGAGACAAGGCGGGCUUCAGGGUCCCCAGCGCCGCCUGCCCGCCCUUUCCCCCGCAUGGAGCGCCAGUCUCCGCGUCGUCUUCCUCGUCCUCGCCCGGCGGCUCCCGCGGCGGCUCCCCGCACCACUCUGACUGCAAGGCCGGCGGCGGCGGGGAGCUGGACAAGAAAGACCAGGAGCCCAAGCCCAGCCCGGAGCCCGCGCCCGUGAGCCGCGGCGGCGAGCCGGGCGCCCUGGGCGGCGCCGAGACCGGGGCCUCGGGGCGCAAGUCGGAGCCGCCGUCCGCUCUGGUGGGGGCCGGCCACGUGGCGCCGGUGUCGCCCUACAAGCCGGGCCACUCGGUGUUCCCGCUGCCGCCCUCCGGCAUCGGCUACCAUGGCUCCAUCGUGGGCGCCUACGCCGGCUACCCGUCCCAGUUCGUGCCUGGCCUGGAUCCCAGCAAGUCCAGCCUCGUUGGCGGCCAGCUGUCGGGGGGCCUGGGCCUGCCGCCCGGCAAGCCGCCCAGCUCCAGCCCGCUCACCGGGGCCUCCCCGCCCUCCUUCCUGCAGGGAUUAUGCCGCGACCCCUACUGCCUGGGGGGCUACCACAGCGCCUCGCACCUGGGCGGCUCCAGCUGCUCCACCUGCAGCGCGCACGACCCGGCCGCGCCCAGCCUGAAGGCGGGGGGCUACCCCCUGGUGUACCCCGGGCACCCGCUGCAGCCCGGCGCGCUCUCGUCCAGCGCAGCGCAGGCCGCGCUGCCCGGCCACCCGCUGUACACCUACGGCUUCAUGCUGCAGAACGAGCCGCUGCCGCACAGCUGCAACUGGGUGGCGGCCAGCGGGCCGUGCGACAAGCGCUUCGCCACCUCGGAGGAGCUGCUCAGCCACCUACGGACCCACACGGCCCUGCCCGGCGCCGAGAAACUUCUGGCCGCCUACCCCGGGGCCUCGGGCCUGGGCAGCGCCGCCGCCGCCGCCGCGGCCGCCGCCUCCUGCCACCUCCACCUGCCCCCGCCCGCCGCCCCCGGCAGCCCCGGGUCGCUGUCCUUGCGGAGUCCACACACUUUGGGGCUAAGCCGGUACCACCCCUACGGCAAGAGCCACUUAUCCACAGCAGGGGGCCUGGCCGUGCCGUCCCUCCCCACAGCCGGACCCUACUACUCGCCAUACGCGCUGUACGGACAGAGACUAGCCUCAGCCUCGGCGCUCGGAUACCAGUAACUACAGCCCUUCCUCCGCCCGCCUGUCCCCAGCCGCUGUCGCCGCUGCAGCCUCCACUACUGCUCGUCCCCGCCGGGAACCCCGCCCAGACCCUCCCCAGCGGGACUGUGUAUUUAUUUACUGUAAUGUUAGCUUACAAGCUGGGAAUAUAAGUGCAUUAACGGCC